AUGUCAAUGCAAUUCAACCGUACAAUAAUUUUUCCAAACAUUACAUUUUGUAUGAGUAAAAGACAAGCAUGGAGCCACUUUGGCAAUUUUGGGGAUUCUAGCGAUUCUGGCAAUUUUAGCAGCAAUUUUGGAAAUUUUAGCAGCAAUUCGACUUUAACGACUUCAAACAGAGAAUGGAACUCUGAAGUUGAGCAAAUACUUGCCAAGAUGCCAAAUCAUGACUCUUUUAUGAAUUCAAGUGGGUGGCCCCAAGAGCUCAUUAUGAGUGCUUAUGAGGCAAUAGCAACACUAAACUCGCUAGAACGAGAAAAGAUUGAUUCACAAACUUUGGCUGAUAUUAAAGCGUUCCAAAGCAAUCCGAAACAUCAAGGAUUGCGAACCUUGGUUAAAGUAUGUGUUUAAGGAAUUUUAAUUAAAGUUGUAACUCCAACCCCCCGGUUCUGGAAGGAUUCUUCAUGUUUGUCCCUGAUACCAACUCCACUUGGAAAAUUUAGAAAACCCGUAUCCCGAACAGAGAUCAGACAGAUUUGGAGAAGUCCGGGAUACGGGUAACACUCCCAUCCCUUAUCCCGGUAAGAAUCGAUGAGCAUAUCUUCCUCACCCGGCCCGAAUCCAGGCCCGACUAGAGAGACC